AUGGCGAGGUGCCUCACCUGCAGCGUUGUCCUCAUGAGCGCAUUGUUGCUGGUGGUCGUUGUGUCCAUGUGUGCUCCUGGCGGCGCCGACGCGGCACGGCUGCUGGGAACCGAGGUAGAUGCGGCCGUGGCCGUGGCUGUGCCGCCCUUGGCGAUGGGCCGCCUGCAGGCUCAUGAAGAAAUGACGACGACGACGCUGCAGGUGCCGGUGCCGGUGCCGGUGCCAGUGCCAGGUGACGGCGAGGCUGGGGGAGCGUCCAAGAGGCUGAGCCCUGGAGGUCCGGACCCUCAGCAUCACUGA